AUGCAUCAGCCCCUUCAACAGCAACCAAAAUAUGUACCACCAAUAAGCAUGACACCAUUCACGUUUCGUAUACCAGGCUGUGAGAAAAGUGGAGACAAGAGAUUGAGAAUAGAUCCAACAGAGGCGUCAAGGCUUGAGGAGAUCAGGCUGAAAAAGAAGGCAUCAUUGGUGAAAGCACGACAAAAGAAGGCGGAAUGGAGAGAGGCGGAUAGGCAAGCUGUUGCUGAAGGUCGUACCAAGCCAUCAGUGUUGGCGCAAGCAUCCAAAAAGUUUCCCAUGAUGAUCAAGGGUGAUGGCACUUUGGACGAAUAUGACAUUGUCAAGGCAUUGCGUGAAGUGACGGUCCCCAUUCCAUUGCACAAAUUGUUGUUCUAUGCUCCUGGUCUUCAUCAAACAUUCCUGGAAGCAGUGGGUGGAAAGGGUACAUAUGCAAAGAAGGAUGACCCAAGCGUUAGUGCCAUGAUACUAGAGGGAGCAAAUCAAGAGCAAUCAGGGUUGGAUGCAAACAGGGUCCACUUUACGCUUCGAACAGCAGACCAAGAUCCAUCAUACGACUUUAAAACUUUGGAUUUUAACGUGAAUGGUGCCCCUUUGGAAGCAAUUUUGGAUGGUGGAUCGACUGUGAGCAUCAUGCCGUUUUGGAUCUCUGAAUAUCUUGGCAUGGAUAAGACUAUCAAGGCUACAACAAAGGGUUUCUCAUUCGGUGGCAUGUUCACUCAAAAGGUUCAUGGAAUAUUGGAAGAUGUGCCAAUGCACAUUCAUGACGAUUUAAUGAUACAGCAGCACUUUUUGGUGGCCGAAGGUCCAGAGACACCGUUUUUGCUUGCAUUAGAUUUUAUACGAGCAUCUGGAGCCAUGAUGGACCCCGCUAAUGAUUUCAUGCAUUUUGAGCUACCAAAUGGGAAAAGUGUAUCGGUGACAACGGGUCGUAGCAAAAGCAUUAGCAAGGAUGCAUUUUUGGAAGGGCGCGAUGGAGUCAUGAAUGUGCCCAUGUUGGCCAUGGAGGAGCCUGAACAAGCCUUGGUGACAUUGACCGACUCAUUGACUGUGGAUGCUUAUGAAAUCUCGGUGAUUAAGAUUAAUACGCAAGUGGGACAGGAUAUGAUAACCAAGAAUGACAUGGUGUCAAUCCUUGAGCCAGUGGCAUCAGCAUUUCGGCGUGGUCUUAUCAUUAUUCCUACCAUCGUGCAUCAUAGCUUGCCACAGUAUACGUCGGUUGCAAAUCUUACAUCAGAGCAAAUCACUGUCAAGGAAGGAGAUGCCGUAGCCAUUUGCAAGAAUAGGAUGAAAAAUCUUCAGGACUUGGAUGCUAUGGACGUCCCAUUUGUGGAUCUCGAUGAAGCAUUGGAGUAUUUGGCACACCUAGUUUGGUAUCCUGAUACAGCUGCAUUGCCAACAUGCAAGUCGGGGCCUGUUUUUAAGCCUAUGGCCGAGAUGUUUGAGACAAGUGAAUUGGUCAUGCACACCGUGGGAGUGGGCUCAGCUAAAUCAGUGCCAAGUGAGGAGCCAAAGAAUAAGGGAUAUGACAUCAACCCGGAGCUGACCCCAAAGCAAACCCAUCAGCUAUUGGAAGUGCUAAGCAAGCAUGAGCGUAUUUUUGUUACAUCUUUGGAGCAAGUAAUUAAAGUCCGUGUUGAACCUUAUAUCAUUCGUCUGAAGGAGGGAGCCAUACCUCAAAGUACUGCUCCUUACGCCAUUCCUCAUGAAGCGAACCUUUGGUUAAAAGAGUACCUGCAAAAGCUUGAGCAACUUGGGAUGAUUGAGCCUAGUGAAUCUCCAUGGGCAGCUGGCACUGUGUUGGUACCAAGUGAUGUGGAUAAGCGUGUGAAACGCAAAAGACGCAAGGCAAUUGCCAAGGAUGAUUUCAUGGUGAAGACGAGAAACCGCGAUGGUUAUGGAAGAGUCUUUUCGAUAAAGCAGCUUGAUGCGGAUGAUGAGGACACCGAAGAAGCACGUGAUGAUGAACACAAGACUGAUCUAUAUGCCACGGGUCAUAUGUAUGGAGGAGCUCCAGUGAAAAGAGCCAUGUUGGAAAAUGGGCGCCAUGUGGAAUAUACAACAGAAGUCAAAGCUCCAAAUUCGGGAAAGGAUCCAUAUCGGCUUUGUGUUGAUUAUCGACCACUUAAUGCUCGUACGGUGUCAGAUUCCUACGCGCUACCCAAUAUCAACUUCCUGUUUACGCACUUUUCGAAUGCUCAAUACUUCUCGAUAUUCGACGCCAUGAAGGGGUAUUGGCAACUUGAACUGCAUCCUGAUUCUCGAGAAUUAACAGCAUUCAGUACGACACAUGGCUUAUAUCAGUGGACAGUGUUACCAAUGGGAGCAAAGAACGCACCUGCAGCAUGGCAAAAGGCGAUGGACAAGGCCUUCAAACAAGUGUUGUACAAGUACUUUGUCAUGUACAUCGAUGAUGGCUUCAUUUACGCUCCCAUUUUUGAGGAUCACGUGCAACAUCUGGACCCAGUGUUGACCUUGGCUGAAGAGUUUGGUUUGAGCAUUUCCAAAAAGAAGUGCAAAUUUGGGUAUCAACGCUUGAAGGCAUUGGGCUAUAUAGUGGGCACAGACGGAUUCGAAAUGGAUGACAGCAAGGUUGAGCGGAUCAAGAAGUGGCCAACACCCAUCAAUGUCUCUGAAGUGCGUACAUUCUUUGGGUUGAUUCAAUACAAUCGGCGUUUUGUGAAGGACUUUGCUGUCGAGACCAAGCCUUUGUGUGAUCUUUUGGGCAAGAAUGUCAAGUUCUUUUGGGGGCCAUCACAAGAGGCAUGCUUCAAUGGUUGUAAACAUCUCUUGUCCUCAAAGCCUAUUCUUGCACACCCUGGUUUCUCAAGGACCUUCAUUCUAUACACUGACGCCUCAUCCAUUGCCAUAUCAGCAGUAUUGACUCAACCAGCGAUUCAUGACGAGUAA